AUGUCUGCUGAAUCAAUCGCACGCUGGAACGCAAUUCCCCUUGAUAGACCCGAGCCCGGGCCAGAACAAGCCUCUACUUUGAAGCGUUCAAGGUCGGAAGAUGGACACUCCGACCGCGAUGACGACGAUGUGUCGCUUGUGUCGCGCUCUCCGUCUCCAGUGGAUCGUAUGGACGUCGACCAGAGCAUAGACAAAUAUGACGAAUACCACAGAGGUCCUACUCGAGAAGUCAUCACCGUGGAGACCAGGUUGAAGUCCACAAAUAAGGGCUUUGCCAUGCUGGCCAAGAUGGGGUGGGCCGAAGGCCAGCCUCUCGGACUGUCUGGCGACGGUCGCAUUGACCCAAUUCCUUUCACAAUCAAGAACGACUCCACCGGCCUUGGAAAAGUAACUCAAGAUGUCCGCAUGAUCGAAACAACUGUAUCUCAACGACGGGAGCUUGACUCGGAGCGGAUGACGAAGGAGUCGGAAGAACAACGCAAAGCACGGGAAGAUGCAGCAGCAAAGAAAGCAGCGCUUCAACAAGAGAUAUCGAGCACGCUCCGCCCAUUCUACUGCGAGCUUUGCGACAAGCAGUUCAAAAAUGUAGCGCAAUAUGACGAACAUACCAAUUCGUACGCUCACCAUCACAAAGCCCGCGCCCGAGACAUGCAGGCCGCGCAAAAGCUGAUGCAAGGUCGUGGGACUAAAGAAGACGUGGAUCGCAGGAAGGAAAAAGAGCGGAAGAGAGAAGAGAGAGAAAUGC